AUGUGCAAGGGGAGCUCCGCCCGUGCUGCCUGGGCCACAGGGCGGGUGGCUAGUGGAGAGUCCCCCCAGAGCCUGCCCGGUGCUUCACAAGGCUGGGUGGGGCUGGAGCUGCUGGGCCAGGCAGCGCUGGCUUUCAAGGGGGGCAGGGACCCCCGGGAGACCGAGCUGAGCCAGGACCCCAGCCCCACGGCUGCCCUCCUGCCGGCGCCCGGAGACCAAGGCAGAGCAGUGGGCGAAAUGCACCAGAGACACAGCCACCCGAACCCCAACCAAGGUCAGACUCCGGAGCCCCCCAAAGCGCCAGCACCGUGGCUGGGUGCCCCGUCCUGCAAGUGCGGAUCUCGCGCCUUCGACUGCCUGAGGCAGCGUGCCCGGCUCCGGCUCCAGGGGGCCCUGGGGGGCAUGGCCCAGCUCAGCCAGCCCGUGGCCACUCACUGCCGGCCCCCAGCCCGCCCCACCCCCAGCCAGGCGGAGACGCGGCGGUUCUGGUGCCAGGCCUGUGGGAAGGGCUUCAAAUACAAACACCACCUGAAAGAGCAUGAACGAAUCCACAGCGGCGAGAAGCCCUACGAAUGUGCCACCUGCCAGAAACGCUUCUCCCAUUCUGGCUCCUACAGCUCCCACCUCAGCUCCCGCCGCUGCCUGCUGCCUGCCCCCCUGGCCCCAUGGGAGAGCCGCCCAUGUGCUGCCAGGCUCCUGGGGGGCCGCACUGGGGGCUGUGGGGCCUACGGCAGAGACCUCCGCUCCCCGCACAGCCCCGGCCCAGCCCGGCCCCUUCUGGGCCCCCCUGACCUGAGAACGGAGGGACCCAGAGAUGCCAAUGUGCCAGGGCCUGGCCCUGACCGGGGCCCCCCCGAAUCCCCCACCAUGGAGCAGCCCUUGGACCUGUCUCUGCCCAAGCCAGGCAAGGAGCCAGAGCCCUGCCCAGUGCCCUACGAGCCCCUCUACCUGCCCACCUCCCUCUGCCCCGUCUUCCCAGCCUUCCUGCCCAGCACCCUCAGCCAUCUCCUCCCGCACGGGGCCCCGCGGCUGCACGGGAACCCGGACCUGCCGGCCCCCCAGUUCCUGCCCUUUUUGCUGUGCCCGUACGGGGCGGAGUCAGAGCCAGCACUGCCCACGGGCCACUGGGAGCAACACGGGCCUCCGGGAGCUGGCGGGGCCGGGUGGCACCCCCUGCAGGCGGGCAGGGAGCCGGGGGCUGGCCGGAGGCAGUUACGCAGGACCCCCGACGGGCUGUAUCUCUGCGAACUCUGCCCCAAAACCUUCCGGAAGAGCAGCUCCCUCCUGCGGCACCAGUACGAGCACACAGGGAGGCGCCCGCACCGCUGCCCGCUCUGCCCCAAGGCCUUCAAGCACAAGCACCACCUGGCGGAACACGCCCGGCUGCAUUCGGGGGAGCGCCCGUUCCAGUGCGCCCGCUGCGCCCGCCGCUUCGCCCACUCCGGCUCCUACUCGCAGCACGUCAACCACCGGCAGGGCUGCUGCCGGGCCUGGGGCGCCCCCGCCCGCCCCAGGCCCCAGUGCGAGUCCUGUCCCCCCCCCGACCCCAUUCCCGGCGCACCCAGGGAGUUUCGCUCUGCGGCCCACGAAGGAGCCAGCUAG